UGAACCAAUGCAAUUAUUCGGGAUAUGAUCUGCAAGGCAUCUGGACAGAAACGUAAGCAGUUGCAAUUGACGUCUGUCUUUUCAACACCUUUAAACGACACUACGGUCCAAAGACCAGAAUCAGAAAUGCAGUCGUAUUUGAGCUCUGUUGUGCAGGAGAGUGCAGGCAUAUCCUGUGAUCAGACAGAAGACUACACCCUUGUGUUCUUUGAACUGGAGACAACCGGACUGGAUGUGGCAUCUUGUGACAUUAUCCAAGUGUGUGCAAUCAGUGGGGAGAAGACCUUCAAUGUCUACGUUUGUCCUCGCCAGCAGAUCUCUGAGGAGGCCUCUUCUGUCAAUGGAUUCACUGUUAUAAACCAAACGCUCUUUCUAGAUGGUGUUCCCAUGGAGACAAAGAGCCACGAAGAGGCCUUGACAGACUUCCUGGCCUUCCUUGUCACCUUGCACCGGCCUGUGCUAGUGGGGCACAAUAUCAAGCGGUUUGACCGGCCCAUUUUGUCUAGGAUUAUGUAUGAAUUUUGCCUGCUAAAUGAAUUUCAGAAGGUAGUAUCAGAAGACCAGGACACAUUUCUCAUUGCCAAAAAAUAUAUUCCGAACACUUGUGUCACAAAUUUUAAAUUUGAAAAUCUGGUCAGGGAGAUUCUGAAAAAAUCCUACCCAGACCAUGAUAGUAUGGAAAAGGUAAAGCUUUGCGGAUUCUCUACUACACUUUAGUAAAUUAUAAAUGUGCUACAUAAUAAAAGUGUCCUGUACUGUAACAUAUAUCUAAAUUUUACAACAGUUUAUUGCAAUAUUUACAGUAGAAUACAACAACGACUCAUAGAAAUACAGAAUACUGCAAUGUACUCUUACAAUGGCUGAUUAAAAUCCACGUACAAUUUGUAAAACCUAUUUUGUUGUGUUUUGUGUUUACUGACAUUUUAAUCAACAGGGUACUGCUGCUUAUUUAUUUUUAAUAAGAAUUUGCAUAUUCUGAAAACUCAGGUGAUACAAAUGGUAACAAUAAUAUCUAUAUACACACACUGCUGUGCAAAAGUCGGGUUUACAUUUUAUAUACCGUAUUUAAAAAAAAAAAAAAAAAAAUGUUGUCUAAUGACGUGGUCAUCGUUGGUUCCUUGAUGCCUGCUAGAUGCUAAAGUAGCAGAGCCAGCGCUCUUGCAAACUGCAAAAUGGAAAUGCAUUGCGUGCACAGAACAAUGCAACUAGAACAGUACCGAGGCAUAUAUUUAAAGUAUUGAUGCACAUUUUUCAUAUUUGCAGACCGUGGAUUGGCAUAGGAUCUGAAGAUCUGCAGCAUGCAUUUUAUUUUUGUUCACACGAAUUUCUCAAGCAUUGUAUUAAGACUUUCUGUAUAUGCAACAUUUUUGGGCAUCAACAAACAUGCCAUUUCUUAUUUAAAUUCACUACAUUUUAGAAAAUGUUUUGUUUGUUUAGUUAUAUGAAAAUCAUCACGUUUCAAAGCAAAACCUGUCGUUUAUUAUUAUUAUUAUUAUUAGUAGUAGUAGUAGUAGUAGUA